AUGGCGUCGCGUUUCUUCUACGGCUCCGGCAGCGACAGCGACAGCUCGUCUGAUGAGGAGGAGGAGGUCUACCAGUCCGGCUCUGAGGAGGAAUCCUCUGACAACUCCGACUCCGAAUCCGAAUCUGGCUCUGAGAGCGACAGCGAAGCCGAGGGCAAGGAGAGCGGCAAGGGAGCCAGCGCUUUCUUGCACGACUCUUCCGGCAGUGAGGAUAGCGAGGAGGAGGAGAAGGUUACGAUUGUCAAGUCUGCUAAGGACAAGCGUCUCGAGGGACUUGAGAACACCAUCAAGUUGAUCGACAAUGCCGAAAAGAUCAACGACUGGGCUGUUAUUGCCACUGAGUUCGACAACCUUAACCGUCAGAUCCUCAAGAUCACCGGUCCUACCCCCAAGAUCUACAUCCAGGCCGUCGCAGAGCUCGAAGACUUCACCAAUGAGACCGCAACCAAGCAGAAGGCCUCGAACAAGAAGAUGAACGCCAGCAACAGCAAGGGUUUCAACGCCGUUAAGCAGAAGAUCAAGAAAAACAACAAGGAGUACGCUUCCCUGAUCGAGAAGUACCGCGCCAACAAGGAUGAGUUCAUGGCCAGCGACGUCGAGGAGAAGCCCGCUCCUGCCCCUGCUCCCAAGCCCACCAAGUUUGAGCGUAUCGAGAACUUUGCCGCUGCCGCCGCUGCCGGUGGUGAGGACGAUGGUUUCGCUACUGUCGGCCGUGGUGGUAAGACCCUCCAGUACACCCCGGAGAGCAUCCUCAAGCACCUCCGCGUCAUCGUCGAGUCCCGCGGAAAGAAGAACACCGACCGUGCCGACCAGAUUAAGACCAUGACCAAGCUCCUUGAAGUGGCCACCACCCCCUACCAGCGCAUCCGCACUCUUAUGACCCUGAUCUCCACACGCUUCGAUCUCACCAGCACAUCCAGCACCAACUACAUGAGCCCCGAGCAAUGGAAGGCUGCCGAUGAGGAAUACUCGACUCUCCUGACUGUGUUGGAGGACAACCGCAGCUACAUCAUCAGCGAGGUUGCCGAUGAGUGGGAGGAUGACGAGAAGCAGCCUACCGUUGAGGAGGGCGAGACCUUCGCCAUCCCCGGUUCCAUUGUUUCUUUCGUCGAGCGCCUUGACGACGAGCUCACCCGCUCUCUCCAGCAGAUCGACCCCCACACCGCUGAAUACAUUGAGCGCCUGAGCGACGAGCAGACCCUGUACAACAACCUUGUCCGCUCACAAUUGUAUGUCGAGAGCCUCGGCGAGUCCGACAAGAACGGAAAGGAGAGCAUGAACAGAGUUGUUAUCAGACGGUUGGAGCACAUCUACUUCAAGCCUGCCCAGGUUGUCUCCAUCCUUGAGGACGCCAAGGACAAGGCUGUUCCCACCAAGAUCAACUCCGCCGUUACUGCUGGCUCCAAGGCCGGUGACAUUCAGAGCCUCGUGGGCGCUAUCUGCAACUACAUGUUCCAGAACAGCGAUGGCAUUCCCCGUGCCCGUGCCAUGCUUUGCCAGAUCUACUUCCUCGCCCUCCACGACCAAUACUACAAGUCCCGUGAUUUGAUGCUCAUGUCUCACCUUACGGAGUCUGUUUCUUCCAUGGAUAUUGCCACCCAGAUCUUGUUCAACCGCACACUUGUUCAGAUUGGUCUUUGUGCCUUCCGUGCUGGCCUCAUCUACGAAGCCCAGAACACCCUUGGUGAGAUCUGCGGUAGCGGUCGCCAAAAGGAGCUGCUCGCUCAGGGUCUUAUCCUGCAGCGUUUUGCCAGCUUGAGCCCCGAAGUUGAGAAGGCCGAGAAGGCCCGUCAGCUGCCCUUCCACAUGCACAUCAACCUUGAAUUGCUCGAGUGUAUCUACCUCACCUCAAGCAUGUUCCUCGAGGUUCCCCUCAUGGCCCAGAGCUCGUCCUCCCCCGAGCUGCGCCGCCGCAUGAUCUCCAAGACUUUCCGCCGUAUGUUGGACUACAACGAGCGCCAGGUGUUCACCGGUCCCCCGGAGAACACCCGUGACGGUGUGAUCCAAUCGGCCAAGCUUCUUGCCGCAGGUGAAUGGAAGAAAUCCGCCGAGUCUCUCGCUGCCAUCAAGAUCUGGGAUCUCAUGCCCCAGCCCGAGAAGAUUAAGGCCAUGCUCUCCGAGCAGGCCCAGGAGGAGGGUCUCCGCACCUACCUCUUCACAUACGCCCCCUUCUAUGACAGCCUCUCCAUCACCUCCCUAGCGGCCAUGUUCGAGCUGAGCAGCAAGAAGAUCGUCUCCGUGAUUUCUCGCAUGAUUUCUCACGAGGAGCUCGCUGCCGCCCUCGACCAGGUCAACGACGCCAUCAUCUUCCGCAAGGGCGUCGAGCUCUCCCGCCUCCAGUCCCAGAUCGUCACCCUUGCCGACAAGUCCAUGAACCUCCUCGAGUCCAACGAGAAGACCCUCGAGCAGCGCACACAGGGUAUGGCCAACGCCUUCCAGCGCGAGCACGGCCCCGGCGCCCGUGGUGGCCGUGGCGGCCGCGGUGGUGGUCGCGGCGGUGGUCGCGGUGGCGCCCGUAUCCCUCAGGGAGACCGGAGACCCGGUGGCCAGCAGUUCGGCGGUGGUGCAUUGGGCGCAGCGAUCAAGGCUUAG